AUGGUUUUGAAAACAAAAAUUUUUAAAUGCAUUUUAGCCUUUAGUAUUUGCAUUCAACCUGAGAUUUUUGUCUAUAUAAAAUUUAUAAAUUUGAGGUGUGUUGCCUACGACAAACCCUUCGCCGAUUUCCGACAGUGCAAGCUUAAGACUUUGUCCCGCAAUGCGAUCGCGCUUUCCUUGCAUGUGCGACUUUUCCAAGUGCCAGUGAAUGAUGUCAGCGUUAAUUUGGAUGUUUAUAAAAAGGCGAACGGCUAUCGUGCUUUCAUGUUUAACAUAACAACGGAUUUUUGUCAGUUUCUAAAAAAUAAAAAGCGCAUACCAUUCGGCAAAUUGUUAAUGGAUACCGUGGAAGCCUAUUCAAAUAUUAAUCACACUUGCCCAUUUGACAAUGACAUUAUUGUCACGGAUAUGGUAUUAAAACCAGAACAAAUGCAGUUACUUCCUGUGCCAAUGGGUGAAUACAUGUUGAGAAUUUCCGUUGCAGCAUACAACGACUACAAGGCCACAGUCAAAGCUUAUAUUAGCCUUCUAAUGCUUGCCGAUGUUGUUGUUACCGGUGUACACUAUCCUGGCGUGGCAUCUUCGAUGGCAUUCCGCUAA